AUGACUCGUAAGAGUACUCCCGCGCCCAAGCCGGUGGUCGUCAUCGCCGAGGCCCUUUCGCCCGCAACCAUCAAGGUCCUGGGCCCAGAUGUUAUUGUCCGUCAUGUGGACGGCACGGACCGCAGCGCUCUGCUCUCGGCCCUCGGUACUGCAGAAGCCGUCCUGAUCCGCUCGGCGACGCAGAUCGAUACUGAGGCCUUGGCCGCAGCGCCGCAGCUCAGGGUGGUCGCCCGCGCCGGUGUCGGACUUGACAACGUCGACAUCAAGGCCGCCACACGCGCCGGCGUGAUGGUUGUCAACGCGCCGACGUCCAACAUUAUCUCGGCUGCCGAGCUCACGAUUGCUCACAUCCUCUCUCUUGCCCGCCACAUUCCGGCGGCACACUCCUCUCUCUCUGCGGGCAAGUGGCAGCGUUCGGCAUUCAAUGGUACCGAGCUGUUCGAAAAGACAUUGGGCAUCAUCGGCCUUGGUCGCAUUGGCACCCUCAUCGCAGCCCGCAUGCAGGCGUUUGGUAUGAAGAUUGUCGCCUACGAUCCAUAUGUCACUGCCACUCGCGCACAGCAGCUUGACGUCGAGCUUCUCCCCCUGAACGGCCUUCUUGCGCGUUCCGACUUUAUCACGAUCCACAUGCCCAAGACAGCCGAGACCACUGGUAUGAUCUCGACCGAGCAGCUGGGUAUGAUGAAGCCGACCGCCUGUAUCAUCAAUGUGGCCCGUGGUGGACUGAUCGACGAGGAUGCCCUCUUCACUGCCCUUUCCAACAAGGCCAUCGGUGGAGCCGGUCUCGACGUCUUUUCCAGCGAACCACCUGUCGACAAGAGGCUCCUCGACCUGCCCAACGUUGUCGUUACUCCUCAUCUGGGUGCCAGCACCGACGAGGCCCAGGAAAAGGCUGGCAUUUCAGUUGCCAAGUCUGUGCUCCUCGCUCUCGACGGCGAGCUUGUGCCCGACGCCGUCAAUGUCGCCGGCGGUGCGAUCAGCACCCACGUUCGCCCUGCAAUUCCCCUCACCGAGAAGCUUGGCCAGUUCCUUUGCGCCAUUUCCCGCUCCGCCCCCCUUACCACCCUCGAUGUCGAGGUCCAUGGCGAAAUCGCUGCGUACGAUGUAGAGGCGCUCCGCUUUGUGGCACUCAAGGGCGUGUACCAGAACAUUGUCAGCGGACAGGUCUCGUACGUCAACGCGCCACUCCUCGCCGAGCAGCGCGGAGUUACUGUCCGUCUCCGCAAGUUUAACGAGUCCGAUGACUACCGCAACGUCAUCACCCUCAAGGGCUCUCUCGCAGACGGCAGCGCCGUCUCCGUGUCAGGCACCUUGACCGGACCCAAGCAGAUCGAAAAGCUCGUGGGCAUUAAUGGCUACGCGGUCGAACUUCCUAUCGAGACCUACCACGUUGUCAUCGUCUACAAGGACCGCCCAGGAAUCGUCGCUGUGUACGGCAAGCUUCUCGGUGAAGCGGGCAUCAACAUUGCCAACAUGCAAAUCGCCCGUCAGGAAGCUGGCGGAUCGGCGCUCAGUGUCCUGACCGUCGACUCGCCCGUCCCGGAGGACCUCCUCGCCCAGGUGGCUAAAUCAAUUGCCGCCGAUGUGAUCCGCCAGAUCGAGAUUGAAGAGUAA